AUGAACUCUCCUGUCAAUCCCCCCCCUGGAGCUCUCCCCGAUGCACCAACCCAAAUUCGUCCAGAGGAUUUGUGCAUGACGACAUACCACCUGGCUGUAGGUCCGAUGGGCGUUCGAUCGAUGUAUGUCAUUGCACGAUCGGAUGAGCGGCUCCCCGGCUCUGUUCUCUCCGCUGCGUUAGUCGUAUGCCUUCCUGGGCCGCCUACUGACGCCUACUGA